AUGGCCAAAGUUUCCUCCGACGAGAAGGUUCUUUAUCAAUUCCCGGCAAAUCUUAGGGUCCUUGCCGUUGAUAAUGACCCCUCAACUCUUGAGUUCAUCAAGAACACAUGCAGUCAAUGCAAAUACGAGGUUACCAUACACACUGAAUCUCCACUUGCAUUGAAUCUUGUGCGGGAAAAAAAAGAUCGUAUUGAUGUGAUACUCAUCGAGGUUCAUAUGCCAACCAUGAAUGGGUAUGAAUUCCUUCAGCAUGUCAGCAAGGAAAUUGAUGUUCCUGUUAUUGUGAUGUCUCUUGAUUACAGCAAGGAUACUGUGAUGAAGGCUGUUCAACUUGGGGCGUGUGAUUUUUGGAUUAAACCUUUGCAUGAGCAUCAAUUCAAGAAUAUGUGGACGCAUGUUUCUAGGAAAGCCCUGAAUGAAAAUAAGAUACAAAAGGGUUUUGGCAGCUUGGAAGAUGAUGGCAGGGGAAGAAAACUAGGGAAUGAUAAUUCUGAAUUUGCUUCUUUUGAUGUCGUGAGAGAUCAAAGCAAUGGCAAUAGCAGUUCCAGGGAAGCUGCUGCUGAUGUUGAUGAAUCGGAGCAUGAGCAUUGUGGUCCCUCAACAAAGAAGCCCCGCGUAAUAUGGUUACCAGAACUGCAUCGUAAAUUCGUCAAGGCUGUCAAUAAACUUGCCCUUGAUCAGGCUGUGCCAAAGAGAAUUCUUCAAGAGAUGAAUGUACCAGGUUUGACAAGACAGAAUGUUGCUAGUCAUUUACAGAAAUAUAGAAAUUUUUUGAAGGAAAAAUCUAGAGUGACACAGACACAGGAACACACUGAGAUGCCAUUGCCUAACAUGGUUCCAGGGACUAUAAAAAACAGGGUAGGUGCAUGUGAAAGACACGCUGAACAAGCUUUGGCAGAAUGUCUUUCUAACAUUACCAAUAAUUUUCCUCAUCCUCAGCCCAUAAGGACUCAAGCUGAUCCGUCUAUAUACGGAGCACGACCCCCAUCUAAUGCAUUGGCUAUUCAGAGAAGCAAUGCGUUAGUGGGUUCAUUGCAGCAGCAGCAGCAGCAGCUGUCACUGAUCAAUCAACAAAUUUCUCCAAUCAUCUCUCGGCAAUCUUCCAUGAUGAUUUCUGGAAAUCCAGCUUCUGUCUUUAGGAAUAAUGAUUUCGGUUUACUGUCGCCUCAAACUAGUAAUCCACUCAGCGUUGCUCAAAUCCAUGGUGGAAACACCACAGGUGGAAGCCGUCUUAAUCGGUAUACUGCUACUACAACUUCCAUUACCCAACAGCUUCAAAAUUCAAGUUUGACAAGUGGUGCUGUGAGAUCUUUUCCUGCAUCAGUGCCUCCCGAUGGUUCACUCUACCAAGAAUCUCCUAACAUAUCGGCAAGUGGUUUUAAUAACCAAUUUUUUUCCACAGAUAUAGAUGAUAACACAACAAAUGAGGAGCUAAAUUCAAGGAAUAAUCCAGAGAAGGAUCACACGCUCUCAAAAUGA